CAAGUAUUGAAGUACCAACUACAAUCAUUCGUAUAUAUUUGUACUAAUGAUUCACAUGUCAAUGCAAGGCGCCGCCAUAUCUUCACACUUUUAUUUCACCGCAUGACUAAUAGAACAGAAGCAAUAUGUGCACACCAGUCAAAGAUCCUCUAUGUGACAGGAGUGCUCUGCUGUUUUUAAAGACCACGAUGCAAAAACACUACUCAAAGAUCCUCUAUAUUACAAGAGCCCUCUGCUGCUUAUAUGGACCAUACUGCAAAAAAAUGCUACUCAAAGAUCGUCUACACAACAUGAGUGCACUGCUGUUUUUAAGGACCAUGCUGCAAAAACAGGAGUCAAAGAUCCUCUAUAUGACAGGAGCACUUUGCUUUUUUACGGACCAUACUGCAAAAAAAGCUACUCAAAGAUCCCCCCCAUACAACAGGAGCACUCUGCUGUUUGUAAGAACCUUCAGCAAAAAUGCUAGUCAAAGAUCCUCUAUAUGACAGGAGUGUACUGCUGUUUUGAAAGACCUACAACAAAACCAUGAGUCCAAGAUGUUCUAUAUGACAGGGGUGCGCUCCUGUUUUUAAGAACUGUGGUGCAAAAAAAAAAAAAAAAUGCUACUCAAAGAUCCUCUAUACAACAAGAGCACUGUGCUGUUUUUAAGGCCCUACUGCAAAAACACCAGUCAAAGAUCCUCUAUAUCAGUGGUCCCCAACCCCCGGGUCAUUUGGUACCAGGUCGCACAGAAAGAAAAAAUAAUUUCCAUUAUUUCAUUAUUUUUAAUGUUUUAUUUUGAAAAGUGGCCGGAUUCUCUCUGUUACAUCCGUCUCACUUGACGCAUGUCCAUUGUGGGUGUGCUAACUUUAUCUCAUGCCGCACAGAUAGACUACUACUGUAUUUGUACCAUCUUUCUUUCACCUCAUAUUUGGUGUCAAAUGCUGAUACUAUGUGGGAAUGCAUGAAGCCAUGUCAUCAUCUCUCUGGAAACACUUGGCUGGAACUUGAACUGGUGGAUGGACUGCGAGACCUUUGAGAAGUGCUGCCCUAACGUGUGCGGCAACAAGAGCUGCGUGGCCGCGCGCUACAUCGACAUCAAGGGCAACAAGGGGCCCAUCGGCAUGCCCAAAGGUGCCACCUGUGACAAGUUCAUGUGCUCCCAGCAAGGCUCCGAGUGCGACAUCUGGGACGGGCAGCCCGUCUGCAAGUGCCGGGACCGCUGCGAGCGAGAACCCCACUUCACGUGCGCCUCUGACGGGAUGACGUACUAUAACAAAUGUUACAUGGACGCCGAGGCGUGCUCCAAGGGUGUCUCUAUCUCUGAGGUCACCUGCAGGUACCACCUGACCUGGCCCAACACCAGUCCAAUCCCAGCGGAAACCACCCUCCAUCCAACCACGGCUCUUCAGACCACCCUGCCGGCCGACAUCCACCCCCCCGCCAUACACAGCGGCCCCACCCAGCAGGCGGUUUUUGUGGGAGAGACGGCCAGCUUCCUGUGCGAGGUAUCCGGGAAACCGCAUCCGGAAGUCACCUGGGAGAAGCAACUGAAGGGCAAGGACAACGUCGUCAUGAAACCGAAUCACGUGCGGGGGAACGUCGUGGUCACCAACAUCGGCCAGCUGGUCAUCUACAACGCGCAGCUUCAGGAUGCUGGAAUCUAUACGUGCACGGCCAAAAACGCGGGAGGAAGUGUGUCGUCGCACUUUCCCUUGUUGGUAAUCCGGAGAGAGGCUAAGGGGAAGCAAGCAGGGGGGAAUGACACGCAUCUGCCCUUCCCUCCUGCAGAGUGCUUGAAAAGUCCAGACACGGACGACUGCGGGGAAGAGAGCAUGAGCUGGUACUACGAAUCAAGCAGGAACAACUGCUUCACCUUCACCUACAGUCAGUGCAACAAGAACCAGAACCAUUUCGACACCUACGACGUCUGCAUGCUGUCAUGUGGGGGCGAGCUGGCAGCUCCUUGUAGCCUACCCAGCCUCCAGGGGCCCUGCAAGGCCUACGAGCAGCGCUGGGCCUACAGCAACGCCCUCAAGAAGUGUCAGUCUUUUGUCUACGGGGGCUGCGGCGGCAACGAAAACAACUUUGAGUCCAAAGAGGCCUGCGAAGGCAUGUGCCCCUUUCCGAGGAACCACAACUGCAAGGCCUGUAAGCCUCGAGGAAAGAUGGUGACCAGCUUCUGCAAGAGCGACUUCGUCAUCCUAGGACGGGUCACAGAGCUGACCGAGGAGCAGGAGUCGGGUCACGCUUUGGUGACGGUGGAGGAGAUCCUGAAGGAUGAGAAGAUGGGCCUCAAGUUCUUUGGGAAAGAACCCUUGGAGGUGACUCUACUGAACAUGGACUGGAACUGCCCCUGCCCCAAUAUCACCGCAGCCGAGAGUCCGCUCAUCAUCAUGGGGGAGGUUCACAACGGGAUGGCCGUCCUGCAGCCGGACGGCUUCGUGAGCUCCUCCAGCGCACGGAAGGUCAGGAAGCUUCGUGAGGUUGCCCACAAGAAAAGCUGCGGUUUCUUGAAAGAGUUCCCCGGCGCCCGCUAGGGCGACAUCGCACACAGCCGUACCUCCGAGUUCCUCAGCAAAAUUACCGACUAUAAAUUGCAUCCGUCAAAAACUGCGCCAAGAAGGGAAAAACCCCCAAAUGUCACACUGCUUUUUCUCAUCAGAGCCAUCUUUUUCUUUCUAGCAGAGUGAUGGCGCCACCUGGCAGCGUUCCAUUCACAAGAGAAGAAGAUGAACCCACAGGGAGGGGGCAACGUUUACGUCAACAAGGAGCUAAUCCCAAUUCUUCCCCUUUAGCCCGAGGUUUUGCGUGUUCACGUGAAUCCAGUGGUGUCCCGAUUCCCCGUAAUUAAGGGCUACGGGCUAAGGGCCGUGCAAUCUCUCAAACGACGCUUCUUCUUCAGUUCUGGUGUCAUUAUGAGUCCUUUGGGCCUGCAUUGUAGGGAAGAAAUGCAAAAUCCACGGCCAACGUUCAUCUUUUAGGGGCUCGCCCCACAGGAACUUAUUCAGGUCCAAAUGGUUGUGGUUAAAGUUUCAUUUAUUGAAACAUGCAUACACUUUCAGGCUGCAAGUCACCGUUCAAAGUAUUUUAACGUUUCCACCCGUCACCCACCCACACGGAAACAGCCUUCUGGGUGCCCUAAAACGGGAUAUUUUUGAAAACGACUUCCAGAGACGGAAAAUCUGAAAACGCCGGCUUGUCGUUUGCGUGUAGACAAGCAGGCGGCACCCAGCAAAUGGCAAUCGAUGACAUCGUCGACCCGUCGCCGUCACGUGACCAGAAGCGAGCUCGGGCGUGAUAUCAGAAUAUUUCGACUGACGUGACUCACCCCAGUCGUCAUUCGCCUAAUGACUCGUCUUGUACUCCAAACGACUCGCACAAGGAACUCCGCUUUGUCGUAAGUCGAGACGAGACUUGGAAAGCGGAAGACGAGGGACUGCGUAUGUCGUCCUCUUCCACAGUUUGGUUCCGUUCGUGUGUCCGUUUACGGCGCUACACGCAGGUCUGCCGUCUGGAUGCAGCUACAAUCGUUCGUCGCUACUUCGCGGUUCACCUUUUGCGGCCUCGCUGCUUCGCUGAUUUUUUUUGUGCAUGCAUUGUGUUCUGUGUCCUGAUUGGCUGAGGGACCGUAGAACAUUGUCAAUCAAUCCCCUCCAUGCCGUGUCUCCCGUUGUUUUUGAUCGCUAACAAACAACUAGCAGUUUUCUCCUCGACAAAACCCACAAUGUCGAGGACACUUUCUGCACCCAAAAGGCGGAGGAAGAUGCUAACCAUCGCACAAAAAGUUGGACUUGUGGACCUGCUGAAGGAAGGUAGAAGUUAGGCAGUAAAAGAAGGAAUGAAUCUUGGGUUGGUGACAUAAAAGGAGGAGGAAAACAGCAUCAGGACCACACAGCAAUAAGUUUGAACAAAGAUGCAAAAGCGCUACCAGGACGAAGGGGCACGCUCAGAGGAACUGUCCUUCACUGUUCAUCGUUUCUUAUGUGUCCAACCUCGAAGUUGAUCAUUCAAAUUCAAAGAUGUUUUGAACGUUCAGAGUGUUUAAAAGAGAGAGAAAUGUGAGAAAAUGUUCAUGCCGGUCCGAGAGAAGAGUAUGAAGUGUCUGGUGGGGGCUUUUGCAGCCUUAAAACAGACAUGCUGUCGUCAUCGUCAAAAGAAAGCAAGCGCGGGAUAUUUUUGGAACCUAACCCCGUGAUAAACGAGGGACCACUCUAUUCACUAAUCCGACGCAGUGUGGAUGUGAAUUUUUUUCAACCCGCCAUGAAAUAAAAUUGAAAAAAUCCCAGGGACGUUUCCGUGUGGACGGGGGCGUGGAGUGACCUUUCAAAAAAAUCUUGCAAGAUUUGUGUGAGUAUGACGCAGUUUUGCGCCUGUCUUGCGUAACGCUCCGAACGCCAACAAUGAUUGUUGAGUUUUGGGGCUUUGGGCUUUUCAGCU